AUGAGGACACACGUGUGGAUUUACCAAGCUGUGCUGUGUGUUGUGGUCACGGUAUUGAACACAGGAUUUUGUAGGACUCACCAGUCGUUACAGAAGUAUGAAAAGAGUGAAAGACACAGGCUGGUUUGCACGGACUGUCCUCAGCCGCCGCUGGUGCGAAACAGCCGGUCGCAGGAACACUGCGCCCGCAAGUGCAAGAAGGUCAAGAAAAACUUCAACUGCAGGGCUUUCAACUUUCAGCGGCACAACAGGAAAUGCCACUUGCUGCCCUUCGACCGCUUCACCCACGGCGCGCAGAAGCAGGCCGACGUCGACUUCACCCUGUAUGAAAAGAAAGAUUACAUCAGGGAGUGUAUCAUCGGCACCAAGGACAACUACAGAGGGAGGAGGUCUUGGACCAAGUCGAACAUCACUUGCCAAGCGUGGACCGAUAAUAACAUCAAUGAACACACGUUUUAUCCCGAUCGGUACCCAACGCAAGACCUGAGGGAGAACUUCUGUCGGAAUCCCAACAACGAUCCCGGCGGUCCGUGGUGCUACACCACAGACCCCAACGUACGGGCCGAGGAGUGUGGCAUACCGCGGUGUUCAGAGGAUGUCUGCAUGACCUGUAAUGGGGAAGAUUACCGGGGCCAACUUGACCAUACGGAGAGCGGCAAGGAGUGCCAGAGGUGGGACUCGAGGAAGCCCAACAAACACCACUUCCAGACCAAAAAGUAUCGGCACAGAGAUUUAAGAGACAACUACUGUCGUAACCCAGACGAUCGUCUUCGUCCCUGGUGCUACACCUUGAACCCAAAAACUCCGUGGGAGUAUUGCAACAUCACUGUGUGUGAUUUGGACACAAGCGAGGACACAGAUGUCAAUGUAACAACAUCCUGUGUCCAGGGAAAGGGGAAAGAUUACCGAGGCAUAAUGAAUGUCACUCCAGAGGGUGUGACAUGUCAGCGGUGGGACUCCCAGUCGCCCCAUAACCACUCCUUUCUUCCUCAGAACUUCAAAUGCAAAGACCUCAGCGAGAACUACUGCCGUAACCCCGAUGGUGCAGAUCACCCGUGGUGCUUCACUACAGACCCCAGUCAAAGGAUAGCCAACUGCACCCACAUCCCCAGGUGUGACGCUGAGGCCACGCAAAAAAUAGAGUGUUAUGAAGACAACGGGGAGACAUAUCGGGGCACUUUAUCCAUAACUCGAUCCGGUAUUCCCUGCGCAGACUGGUCGAAUCACAUAAACAGAGGGGAUUCUCACUCUACAGAAUCCCAUGUAGGGCUGGUGAAGAACUACUGCCGGAACCCGGACCGGGACAAACAUGGCCCCUGGUGUUACACCAAUCCAAAUAACCGUUUGGCCUGGGACUACUGCAGGCUGAAGCACUGUGAAUCGGCUACCGUGGCUCCUCAACCGAACACUUUAACUGGACCCAAGAUAUCGUGCUUUGUGCACAUAAACACCAGAAUUGUUGGAGGACACCAAGUGCGAGGUACAGACGGCAGCUGGGUUGUCAGCAUCCAAAGAGAGAAGGUUCAUUUGUGCGGGGGCUCCUUGAUCAGAGAGGAUUGGAUUUUGACAGACCAACAGUGCUUCACCUCCUGCGUUCCAGAUCUCAAGGACUACAGUGUGCAGGUUGGUCUGCGCCACCUCAAUGAAUCCUCGAGCCACCCGAGACUGCGCAUCUCUCGCCUGAUCUGCGGCCCAGAAGGAUCCAACCUGGUGAUGCUGAAACUAGAAGAUCCUGCCCCGGUGUCUGAAGGCGCCUCCACCAUUCAUCUUCCAGUAAAAGAGUGCCACAUCACCGAGGGCACCAACUGCACCAUGUACGGAUGGGGGGAAACCAAAAACACGGGCUACGACGAGGCGCUGAACGCUUUGACCAUGCCCAUGGUCAACAAUGACAUGUGCUCUCAAAUCAAAGGGGACGCCGGGGAAAGCCGAAUAUGUGCCGGCGGCAAGAGAGGAGAAGGCGUGUGUGAUAAAGACAAUGGCGGCCCGUUGGUCUGCCAGGAACACGAGCGCAAAGUCAUCGUCGGCGUGAGCAUCCAAAGGACGAAAUGCGCCUCGUCCCAGCCCGCGCUUUUCGUCAACGUGGCCUUCUACUCGGAGUGGAUAUACAAAGUGUUCAAACUGUACCCCAGUUUGGAGAGGAACUGA